UUGAUUGUGCCUCUUGAACAAACGUGUUUUUCUUCUUUCUUCUGUUCUGAGCUCAAAGUCAGUGUUACAGUUUCACCUCUCAGACUGACUGAAGACAGAAGAUGAUUGACUGUGAGGAGGAAGAGGAGGACAGAGCAGAGUCUCCAGUAUCCAGCUGUCUGUCUCUGAAGAGUGACUGGUCCAAAGGUAUCCCUCCAAACUUCAGUAAUGAACCUGGACCCUCUGACACAAAAGUUCAGUACAUCAGACAGUCAGCAGAGUCUCCAGUAUCCAGCUGUCUGUCUAUGAAGAGUUACUGGUCCAAAGGUAUCCCUCCAAACUUCAGUGAAGAACCUGGACCCCCUGACACAAAAGAGAGUCAUGUUCCUGUGGAGGAGAAGCUAUCCUGCUGUUCUUUGUGUCAGGACUUCAUGAAGGAUCCGGUCUUUUACAACUGUAAACAGUUCAUCACCUCUGCUUCAUCAGGAGACUCCUCCUGUCCCCAGUGUGGAGAAAGAUCCAGAACAAGACCUGGACUGCAGACAGACAGCCAGACCAGCACUGUACAAGUGAGUGCUGGUCUGCAGGAGGUUUUAGAUAAAUAUAAGGUCAUUCAGAAAAUCAGAUGUGAACGUGUGACUGAAGGAAGUGAUGAAACAGGAAGUGGAACCCUCCUCAACAGGAUCUACACUGAGCUCUACAUCACAGAGGGACAGAGUGAAGAGGUUCAUACCCAACAUGAGGUGAGGCAGCUUGAGACAGCUUCCAAGAAGAAGGAGACCCUCCAUGACACUCCCAUCAAAUGCCACGACAUCUUUAAAGCCUUACCUGACCAACAGAGACACAUCAGAGUCGCUCUGACCAACGGCGUCGCUGGCGUUGGAAAAACCUUCUCAGUGCUGAAGUUCACUCUGGACUGGGCAGAGGGCUCGGAGAACCAAGAUGUCAGUCUGGUGGUUCUGCUCUCGUUCAGGGAGCUGAACUUGAUCAAAGAUGAGCGGUUCAGUCUUCUCACGCUGCUCCAUGUUUUCCAUCCAACAUUACAGAAGGUCACAGCAGAGAAGCUCGCUGUCUGUAAACUUCUGUUCAUCUUUGACGGCCUGGAUGAAAGCAGACUUUCACUGGAUUUCAACAACAAAGAGCUCGUGUCUGAUGUCACACAGGAGUCAUCAGUCAGCGUGCUGUUGACAAGCCUCAUCAAGGGGAAUCUGCUUCCCUCGGCUCUCAUCUGGAUAACUUCCAGACCUGCAGCAGCCAAUCAGAUCCCUCCUUCAUGUGUUGACAGGGUAACAGAAGUACGAGGCUUCACUGACGCUCAGAAGGAGGAGUACUUCAGGAGGAGAGUCAGUGAUGAAGAUCUGUCCAGCAGAAUCAUCUCACACAUCAAGACCUCCAGGAGCCUCCACAUCAUGUGUCUGAUCCCAGUCUUCUGCUGGAUCACUGCUACAGUUCUGGACCACAUGUUGACCACAGACCAGAGAGGAGAGCUGCCCAAGACCCUGACUGACCUGUACUCACACUUCCUGCUGGUUCAGACAAAGAGGAAGAAGAAGAAGUACGAUGAAGGACAUGAGACGAGUCCACAGGAGCUGACGGAGGCUGACAGGGAAGUUCUUCUGAAGCUGGGGAGGCUGGCGUUUGAACAGCUGGAGAAAGGAAACAUCAUGUUCUACCAAGAAGACCUGGAGCAGUGUGGUCUGGAUGUCACAGAGGCCUCGGUGUACUCAGGAGUUUGUACAGAGAUCUUCAAAAGAGAGAGUGUGAUCUUCCAGAAAACAGUCUACAGCUUUGUUCAUCUGAGCGUUCAGGAGUUUCUGGCUGCAGUCUACAUGUUCCACUGUUACACCAACAAGAACACAAAGGUCCUGAAGGACUUCCUGGGAAAAAAAUACAUUGAGUCAACCCUGGAUGUCUUCCUUAUGGGAGUAAUGAUGAAAUCUCUCAAAAGUAAAAAUGGUCACCUGGACCUGUUUGUUCGCUUCCUUCAUGGCCUCUCUCUGGAGUCCAACCAGAGACUGUUAGGAGGCCUGCUGGGUCAGACAGACAACAGUCCAGAAAUCAUCCAGAGAGUCAUCAACAACCUGAAGGAGAUGAACAGUGAUAAAAUCUCUCCUGACAGAAGCAUUAACAUCUUCCACUGUCUUGUUGAGAUGAACGACCACUCACUAUAUCAGGAGAUCCAAGAGUUCCUGAAGUCAGAGAACAGAACAGAGAAGGAACUCUCUGAGAUCCACUGCUCAGCUCUGGCCUACAUGCUGCAGAUGUCAGAGGAGGUUCUGGAUGAGCUGGACCUGAAGAAGUACAACACAACAGACCAGGGACGACUGAGACUGAUUCCAGCUGUGAGGAACUGCAGAAAGGCUGUGUAA